AUGGCCUUCCACGGCACGGGCCGGCAGACGCUUUGCGGCGACUUGUUUUCCGGUUCCGAUUUGGCCCGCAAAUACUUUUAUGUCAAUUCGUCGUGCGGCGCCCCUUCAACCGCCCUCGGUGCCACCCCGUGCGUCGGCGGGCCCCCCGCUGCCCCGGCCGGGACCCCCAGGCACCCUGGUGGAGGCGGAGGUGGGGCCGCAGUGCCACAGCCCUACGGCGACCCGGCCGGGGAGGUGCCAGGCCCGGCCGAGAUGGAGCCUGACAGGCCCAUCGGCUACGGCGCCUUUGGUGUUGUCUGGUCCGUGACGGACCCGCGAGACGGCCGCAAGGUGGCACUGAAGAAGAUGCCUAACGUCUUCCAGAACCUGGUUUCGUGCAAACGCGUCUUCAGGGAGCUGCGCAUGCUGUGCUUCUUCAAACACGACAACGUGUUAUCAGCGUUGGACAUCUUGCAGCCACCACAAAUCGACUGUUUCGAGGAGAUCUACGUGAUCACGGAACUGAUGCAGAGCGACCUUCACAAGGUCAUCGUGUCCCCUCAGCCACUCACCACCGACCACAUCAAGGUCUUCCUGUACCAGAUCCUGCGAGGCCUCAAGUAUCUUCACUCGGCCGGGAUUCUGCACCGCGACAUCAAACCUGGCAACCUCCUGGUCAACAGCAACUGUCUGCUCAAGAUUUGCGAUUUCGGACUAGCGCGCGUGGAGGAGCCGGACCCGUCGCGUCACAUGACGCAGGAAGUGGUAACGCAGUACUACCGAGCGCCCGAAGUGCUGAUGGGUUGCCGCCAUUACGGAUCGGCCAUCGACGUGUGGUCGGUGGGCUGCAUCUUUGCCGAGCUUCUGGGGCGACGCAUUCUUUUCCAGGCGCAGAGUCCCAUUCAGCAGCUGGACUUGAUUACGGAUCUGUUGGGAACCCCGCCGCUGUCUGCCCUGGCGUCGGCCUGCGAGGGAGCCCGGGCUCACAUCCUCCGCGGGCCGCACAAACCCCCGUCAUUGUCGGUGUUGUACAUGUUAUCAGACGGCGCCACCCAUGAAGCGGUGCACCUGCUGUGCCGCAUGCUGGUUUUCGAUCCGGCCAAGCGCAUCUCGGGCAGCGAUGCGCUUUCGCACCCGUACCUGGAUGAGGGUCGCCUGCGCUACCACACCUGUAUGUGCCAGUGCUGCUACUCGGUGCCUAGCGGGCGCGUCUAUACGCGAGACUUUGAGCCUGCCGCUGAGCGCCCCUUCAGCCACAGCUAUGAAAAUAGCUUGCUGUCAGUGUGGCAGGGCAAAGAGCUAAUCCAUCGCUUCAUCACGGAGCACCAGCAAGGGAAGCGAGUCCCGCUGUGCAUCAACCCUCAGAGCGCCGCCUUCAAGACCUUCAUCAGGUCUACAGCGUGGCACUCUUCCAAGGUUUCCCGCAAGGAGGAGAGAUGA